UCCAUGAUAAUCAACCAACUACUAUCAACAAGCAUCCAAAUAUCUCAAGAAUAUCAAAGACUACCAAACCUGUCCCUCUCAGCUCCCAAGAUUUUGCAGUAAUUCGUAACCAAACCCUUCACACCCUCUUAAGAAAACCCUAAAGAUUUUUGUCCUUUUCUUCCAUUGAUUUAGACAAGGCGACAAACAUAAACCCAACAACCUCGAAAUCAAGAACAUGAAAGAGCUUCAACAACGCUACAGCUCAUGAAUGCAGAGGAGGGAGUUCUGACGGAAGAUGCAGUAAUGGAAGUCGAAGUAGUUGAUGAUGCCAUCGUUGCACUUGACCGAAGAACAAGAUUUGGGGCUGUUGAUGAGGAGCUAUGGGAGAAGAAGAGGUCAGUGGGGAGAUGAAGAAGAGGAAGAAGAAGAACAUGGUGGAGAUUGCAAAGGAGGCUGGGAAAUUUGAUGAUUUCUUUUGAAAAAAGAAGAAGAAUUUGCGUAGAGAAGGAUGGUUAAACAGUAGGUGGCGCAAAAAAUAUUGAAUCUAGAGAGGAAGGGUUAGAUGAGGAAGAAGCAGAGGGUUGGGGUUGAUGUUAUCCCCUUUGACGCCAUGACGGGUGAAGUGAGACGAGUGGAUGGACUGUCGGUGAAAAAAAAUUUUGGCAGGCUAAUAUUUUUAUUCUAAUAAGUGAUAAUUAUUUUCUUAUAUUUUAUAUAAUUAUUUUUUAAAUAAUAAAUAUUAAUUUAUUUUAUAAUUAAAUAUACGGAUAGAACUCGAUUAAAUUCAUAAACCUAUAAACUCAUAUCUUACCCGGUUCUGAUAAAAUUGAACGGGGGAUGAAAUAGAGGUAAGUAAAAUCAACUUUGUAACCAAACAGGCAGGGCCUGCUUAGCUGACCGGAGGGAAGGGAGAAGGGAAGAGAUCUCGAAUCACAAUGGCGAGGAGAAGAGAUCGCUCAUCCGGGCCGAGCGCCGAUCACCGGCGAGUCCGACCUGAAGUGUCGACUCGACAAGACCAGCUCAACGGCUCACCCUCAGAUCGCAAGCUCAUGAUCAUCUUCACCGUGUUCUUCAUUGCACUGCCCGGUGUUUCUAUUUUCGCGUACCGCAUGAUAUACCCUCGACAGAGGGACCGCGUGGACUCGUAUGUAUCCCCAAAUCGACUCGUCAAGACCGACGUCAACUACCAAGAGAUUCUAGCUGAGCAUAUCAAGGCCCCGGAGAAUGCCUCUCACCGGAAUUUUGUGAAUCCUGUGCUGGCCUAUGUCACCCCCUGGAAUUCAAAAGGCUACGAACUUGCAAAGAGGUUCAGUUCCAGGCUCACGCACAUUUCACCCGUUUGGUAUGAAGUUAAGAGCCGAGAUGGAACCUUAGUUCUGGAAGGGAGACAUAAUGCAGACAUAGGAUGGAUCUCGGAGCUUAGAAUGAAAGGAGAUAGCCAGAUUUUACCCAGAGUUGUUUUAGAGGCAGCUCCAAAGGAGUUUCUGGGAAAAAAGAAGCAAAGGUCCGAAGCUAUUAAGCUUAUAGUGACAGAGUGCAAGGAAAUGGGUUAUGAUGGUGUGGUGCUGGAGUCUUGGUCCAGGUGGAUGGCUUAUGGUGUCUUGCAUGAUCCAAAUCUACGAGCUUUGGCACUGCAGUUUAUUCGAGAUCUUGGACGUGAACUUCAUUCUGUGAACUCAGAGAAGAAUACUGAGCAGCAUCUUCAGCUGAUCUACGUUAUAGGACCCCCGCGAUCAGAGAAGCUAGAAGUGCAUGAUUUUGGUCCUGGAGAUCUUCAGAGUUUGAGCGACGUUGUGGAUGGUUUCUCCAUGAUGACUUAUGACUUCUCUGGCCCUCAUAGUCCUGGGCCAAAUGCACCUUUGAAUUGGAUCCGGUAUGUCCUUAAGCUGCUCCUCGGUAUGACGCAGAGUGCUUCUCCAAGACUUGCCCGUAAAAUAUUUCUUGGGAUCAACUUCUAUGGGAAUGAUUUCAUCCUAUCUGGAGGUCUAGGUGGCGGGGCUAUUACUGGAGCAGAUUAUCUAUCUUUGCUGGAGAAGCACAGACCUUCGUUGCAGUGGGAAAAGAACAGUGCAGAGCACUUCUUCCUGUACUCCGACGAUGACGAAGCCAACCGCGCAGUCUUCUAUCCUUCACUGAUGUCUAUUUUCACGCGGCUAGAGGAAGCUCGUAACUGGGGAACUGGCAUCUCAAUAUGGGAGAUAGGGCAAGGAUUGGAGUACUUUUUUGAUAUUUUGUAGACAUGCAAAGCGAGCAAGGUUUCUCUCCUGACCGUGUGUGUCCUGUACUUGCAUCUUUUCCUUUUUUUUUUUUUUUUUUUUCCAUAUACUCAGUCUGCAGUAUAACGUAUCAAGUAUUCGAGCUCUAGAAGUUUUGUGGGCAUUUAUUUUGGCUUGCAUGGGGGUGACGGGAAAGAGCUAUUGAUCGUGUUAUUACUUGGGAGAAGAAAUGUUGGUGUAGUCAGGCUUUAGAGAGAAGUGCCCCGUUUUAUCUGGCUGAGGAGGAGCUGAGCUAAGAUAAAUUAGGAGCUCUGAGUCUGAGCUGCAUAUGGACGACUGAUCAAGAGUAAAUAUUUCUCGGUGAAAUAUAUCACCUUCGCCAUAAGGCUAGUUGAGCUGAAGUUUUGUUUCGGGAACAAAUUUUUUUUUUUCCCAGUUAUUAUUAUAAAAUCUUCCUCAUACAUGUAUAUUA